CUUAAGCAGAUCGCCAUAGCUCUCUAUCCUCGCCAGGUCGAGGUUCCAUUGCUGUUGCUGCUGCUGCUGCCGCGCUGUGGAGAUCGAUCCAUAGGUUUUCUGUUCUUAGCACUACGUCCGCCCGAGCGUGAUCGGUGCUGCCUGCGUUGUCGCCACGAUGAUUCAUUUCGUAUUGCUGAUCAGUCGGCAGGGCAAAGUAAGGCUGACGAAAUGGUACUCACCUUAUACUCAGAAGGAGCGUACCAAGGUUAUUCGUGAGCUAAGUGGUAUGAUCCUUUCUCGUGGCCCAAAAUUGUGCAACUUUCUUGAAUGGAGAGGUCUCAAAGUCGUCUAUAAGCGGUAUGCGAGUUUGUACUUCUGCAUGUGCGUGGACACAGACGAUAACGAGCUGGAAACUUUAGAGAUCAUCCACCACUUUGUUGAAAUUCUUGAUCGCUACUUUGGCAAUGUUUGCGAGUUGGAUCUCAUCUUCAAUUUCCACAAGGCAUACUACAUACUAGAUGAAGUACUCAUUGCUGGAGAGCUUCAAGAAACAAGUAAAAAAUCAGUGGCUCGUGUGAUUGCUGCCCAGGACACAUUGAUUGAGCAUGCGAAGGAGCAAUCAAGUUCUUUAUCCAACAUCAUUGCUCAAGCCACCAAGUAGUACGCACGUAGGGCUCUCGUGUUGUGCUGGUCGAGGUGUAAGAUAUUAUAUUUUCUGAUUUGUAGACAAAAUCCUAAUUUAGAAGCUCUGGUCUAGUAUUACUUCGUAAUUUUUAAGGUCCAACUUCUGCAUUGUUGCUUGGGAAUGACGAUUCUGCAAUUGUAACGAGGUUGUGAAAGGUUCCCAUCUUUGCCUUGAUGGUUGAGGCUUUGGGCUGUAUAGAUCAGAUGUGGAGUGUUUUUAGGAAGCUUCUGAGGUAUAUCUCUAUAUAUGUGGAUUUCUGAAUAUGCAACGAAGGCAGUGGAUUGUACUUGACACGAUAAAUAUAUAAUUCGAAUAGGUCAUUCUUCUA